AUGAAAUCAUACAGUUCUUCCAAACUUUUCAAAGAGAUGAGCAAAGCAUCUGAAGCCAACGGCAAGGUGGAGACACGUGCUGUUGGAGGAAAUACGUAUGAAGUCAUUGAAGGGAAGGUUGAUUGGCGGGGAAGACCUGCAUUGCGAGGACGCCAUGGCGGUUUGGGCAAUUGUUUCUUCAUUCUUGCCAAUUUCGGAUUUGAGAACAUGGCCACCUUGUCUCUGGCCGUGAACCUCGUGUUGUACUUCAUAGGCGUCAUGCACAUGAACGCUGAAGACUCCUCAAACCUGCUGACCAACUACAUGGGCGCCAGCUACAUGAUCGCCGUGCUCAUCUCCGUCUUCGCGGACGUCUUCGUCGGCCGAUACAUGACUGUGAUCCUAUCAUCACUGGUUGAGCUCGUGGGGAUUCUGCUGCUUUUUCUGCAGGCGCGCUCCGACCGGCUGAAGCCUCCCAUGUGCGACCCCAGACAGCCGUUGACGUGCCUGCGGGUGCACGGCGGCAACGAGGUGCACCUCUACCUGGCGCUGUACCUCAUCGCGCUCGGCUCGGGAGGCAUCAAGGCGGCCCUGCCGGCGCACUGCGCCGACCAGUUCGACGCCAAGCACCCCAAGGAGAAGCAGCAGAUGUCCAGCUGCUUCAACUACCUGCUGCUUAGCCUCUGCACCGGCGGCGUCGUCAGCGUCACGCUGUUCUUGUGGAUCCAGGGACUUCCAGACAGGGGAUGGGAGAAGGGGUUCGCCGCCGCCACGGGCGUCAUGGGGCUCGCCGUCAUCGUCUUCAUCGCUGGCAUGCCGAGGUACCGCAUCGCCACCGUGCAGGGAAGCAGUGCGCUAAAGGAGAUCUGCCAGGUGUACGUGGCUGCAAUCAGGAACAGGAAACAGCAGCUCCCUGAGGACCCCGACGAGCUGUACGAGAUCAGCAGGAGCAAAGCUUCGCCUGACAUGGAGUUCUUGUCGCACAGGGAUAGGCCGUUCAGAUUCCUGGACAGGGCGGCCAUAGUUCAGACAGACAAGGAUGCGGCGGCGAACCCGUGGCGUCAGUGCCGGGUGACACAGGUGGAGCAGGCCAAGACGGUGCUGGCCAUGGUGCCCAUCUUCUGCAGCGCCAUCAUCAUGGGCACCUGCCUCGCGCAGCUGCAGACCUUCUCCAUGGUGCAAGGCAGCACGAUGGACACGACGCUCGGGCCGCAUUUCAAGAUGCCGGUGGCUUCCAUGCUCAUCAUCCCGCUCGGCCUCCUCAUCUUCGCCGUCCCCAUCUACGAGCAGCUCUUCGUGCCCUUGGCGCGCCGCCUGACGGGCAUCCCCACCGGGAUCACGUACCUGCAGCGCGUCGGCGUCGGCCUCGUGCUCUCCAUCGUCUCCAUGGUCAUCGCCGCCGUCGUGGAGGCGCAGCGCAAGAAGGUGGCCACGAGGAACGGCAUGCUGGACAUGAUUGUUGGGGUCCAGCAUCUGCCCAUGUCCUGCUUCUGGCUGGCGCCGCAGUUCGCCGUGUUCGGCAUCGCCGACAUGUUCACCUACGUCGGCCUCAUGGAGUUCUUCUACUCACAGGCGCCUGCGGCGCUCAAGUCCAUGUCGUCCUCGUUCCUCUGGUGCUCCCUUUCGCUGGGCUACUUCAUGAGCACCAUCAUCGUGAAGGCCGUCAACGCCGCCACCAGGAGGUCCACGGCGAGCGGCGGAUGGCUCGCCGGCAGCAUCAACCGCAACCACCUCGACCUCUUCUUCUGGCUGCUUGCCGUGCUUAGCACCCUCAACCUUUUCAACUAUCUAUUCUGGGCGAGAUGGUACAAGUACAGGCCUCAGGAAAAGGCGCCCGCCGCCGAGGAGCAGCAACAGCAAGUGUGA